GAGGUGAGGUUUAUGACAGCGAAUGAAACAGCCCAAUUUAUCGGAUGCGGGGAAUCGUUGAUAGGAGAGUACUUGAGGUCCGAGGUUCCGCACUAUAAAAUCUACUAGUUUGUCUCCUAUCUUUGGCUGCAUGUCCAGAGCCGCUCAGAGCUUAAGAUUCCGUACGCCUUCAUUCGAUAUCUCCAAAGAUGACAGUCCACAAGGUUGCUGUUAUUCAGUUGAGCCCGAAGGCUCCCAAUGAGAUUGAGUCCAAUCACCAACGAGCCGUAUCAUUUAUCAAGGAUGCAGCCAGCUCCGGGGCAGACUUAGCGGUCCUACCGGAAUACCAUCUAGCCGAUUUUGCUCCAGGCCACGACCCGGAGAUUCGCAAGCAAUGUGCCAACUGGAAAACAUACCUGGACGCAUAUUGCGCUCUAGCUAAAGAGUGCAACAUCUGUAUCGUUCCGGGAUCGCUCGGAGAACUGCACGCUGAUGGUACGAUUGUCAACGCGGCGUAUUUCAUCGACAAUACAGGCGCCAUCAAAGGAAGAUACGAGAAGAAGAAUCUCUGGCACCCCGAGAGACCUUUUGUCAAAGGCUCCGGAAAUGAUAGCCGCCAUGUCGCCUUUGACACCCCGCUUGGAAAGGUCGGGUUGCUGAUCUGCUGGGACUUGGCGUUCCCGGAAGCGUUUCGAGAACUGAUCAUGCAGGGCGCAAAGAUGAUUAUCGUGCCGGCCUUUUGGAGAUAUACCGAUGCGGGAGAUGUUGGCAUCAAGCGUAAUCCCAAAUCAGAGGGGGAUUUCCUGGAUGCUGCCGUUGUCAGCCGAGCUUUUGAGAACACCUGCGCGAUGGUAUUUUGCAAUGUUGGUGGGCCCUCGGAAGACGGAUUCGCCGGUCUCUCUCAAGUGGCAAUGCCGUUCCUCGGUCGGGUUGAGAGGUUUGAUACCAGUGACGAAGGCAUGAGAAUUGUCGAGCUCGAUAUGGAUGUUCUGGAGGAGGCCGAGGGCGAAUACAAAGUGCGACAGGAUCUUGCUACCCCGGGUUGGCACUACGGCUAUCGCCAAUGAUAGUGCAUCCUAUACGUGGCCAAAUGAUACAGGACACAGGAAGUGGAAAGAAUCGCAAGCAAUAAUUACUCGACAUUACCGUAGCCACGAGGAUUUCACUACCAUCCAAUCAAGUCGUAUAGCAGUUCCACGUCAUCCAAAAUGGGUGUAGGUAGAUGGCAAGACGCAUUCUCCGAUGAUUGCAUAAAGCUUAUUAUGCCAAUAUUUCUUCGUUGUAUCUCCUACAUGACAAAUAUAGCAUGCAGCAGUCAAUUUUCCGCGACAGCGAGCAGCAAAAGCUGCCGAGUCACCAUCUCAGGCGGUCGGUCGCUGACAGGCGACGCAAGCAAAGCCAACAAAUCUGACCAAGACCGUAUAGACCAGCCAGUCAAAUCAAAGGGCCCGUGAAUAUCAGCGAAUCGCCUUGGAUCGACGAUUUUGGGGCCAUCACCCCCGAAGCUGACAACAAUCCUUUCGUACAAAAGGCAACAGCGAAAACUUAGAGCAUGUAGAUCAUCACCUUGGCCCGUGAUGUCAUAGGAAAACAACAAGAUCCCAAGUCCAAUAACAUUGAAAGUCAUGAAAAAGGUGUACGUAAUCCAGACCGUGAGGACGAAGAAGGCGCGAAAUGGCGAGAGUGUGGCGAAACCAAAGAACCCGUCGCCUGUCUUACCCUCUGAAAGAAGAUCGGAACUCCUACUAAGAGCCGUGCCCGAUAUUAUUUCACGGCGGAACAAAACAAUCGACCCCUUGAGAAGUUUCAAGCCUUAGGCCUGAGACCUAUCGGUCC